AUGAGUUCUCAAAGAACUCAUAAACUAAGAGUCCUCGAGCUCUACGUCGAUGAUGUAAGUCUCGAAACUUUCAAGUGGACAGGGUUCAACGGAGCACAAGAAGCAAGAGAUCUCGUGAUUUUCAUCUUGAAAAAUGCUUAUCGAUUAAAGACCGCGACGAUCUUGACUGCGUCAGAGUUGGAUAUACUAAGGAAACUUGAAAUAAUCAAGGAGUUUUCACUUUCUUCCCGAGCUUCAACAGUUCAAUUUUGGGACCUUGUGGUCGUGGUAUUCGAGGUCGGGGAAGAGGAGGUCGUGGCUAUUAUGGACAAGAUCAGUGGGUUUUCUGAUGAUGAAUUGCUUGUUAAGAUCUUAACGUAUCUUCCAACAAAAGUUGCGGUAAGUACGAGUGUUUUGUCGAAGCAAUGGAAGUUUCUUUGGAUGCGCGUGCCAAAACUUGAGUACGAUGACCGUAGAAUUUUUUAUGAAACUCAAUCUAUGCUUCUUAAGGGUGACACUGCUAGAGCUGUUUCUUUACUGUCAAAGAGCGAAAGGAUCCGGUGUUUUAUUGACAGGAAUCUGCCAUUCCUUAGAUCUCCGGUCAUAGAGAGCUUGUGUCUCAGAUUCUCCACCGCACCAUUUAAACCUGAAGAUAUAACAUCGUGGGUCGCACUUGCAGUUUCACGCUCUGUGCGUGAGCUAAGCGUUGACUUUCUUCAUUGCAUAAGCGUGCCUAAUGCUUUACUUCCAAGCAGCUUGUAUACUUGUGAAUCUCUUGUUACAUUGAAACUGGAAGGUAGGGUUCUCGUGGACGUUCCUCAUGCUGGCUGUUUCCCCUCUUUGAAAACUUUGCACCUUCGAUAUUUGACAUACGCAGAUGAAGAAUCUUUUCAACGACUUUUAUCAAGUAGCUCUGUUCUCGAAGAUUUGGUUAUCCAACGUCGGUUAUAUGGUGACAAUGUGAAAGAGGUAGUUGUUAUCAUCCCAUCAUUGUUUAGUUUAUCCUUUGAGGUUACUGAUUCAUGUGGGUGUGUGAUUGAUACUCCUUCUUUGAAGUAUUUCAAAGUUAAGUAUUAUAGUAAGAACCCCUCUUAUUUGAUUGUGGAUAUGCCUAAGUUGGAGGAGGCAGAUAUCACUGUUUUUGGAUUCUGCAAUAUCAAGAAAAUUCUUAAACCUGUCACAUCGGUCAAGCGUCUUUCAUUACACUUACUAAGGAACGUGAAAGAGAAGAAGGACGAAUCAUCGCGGAGGAUCGAGCCUAUGUGCAAAGCAGGAAACACUACCAGCUGGAUCCUUAGAGGAAAGCAGUCACGAAUGAAGAAGUGA